CUGCCGGCCGGUCAUGCACGAGAGCAUUCCCAUGUACGGAAAAUAUUCGCUGCAUGCCUAGCCCAGCCACUCUGGGUACCGUACCGGUAGGUUUACUUCCCGCUCCUCUGGCCGCGCCGGUGUUCUGUGAUCCGUCGAUCGUCUAUACGGUCUACCGUCUAGUCGACAGAGUCUACCUCCGGCAUCGCGGCAAUAUCAAUAAAUUACACGUGUUCCGCAAUACCUGGACAUUUUCAACUCAUACUUUGUUGACGCCAAUUGUAGGUGAAGUCGAGAUCUAGUCCAGCGGAACAACCGCUCACUGCUGUUAUUCUUAGAAUUGAACCAUGGACAAGGAGGUUAAGGUUCGCGGUAAAAGAAGAAAAACAGAUUCUGAAAUAAAGGCGAUGAGAAGAGAGCGCAACAGAAGAUACGGUCAGAAAACAUUUCAGGUUCCAGUUGAACUCACGAAGGAGCUGAGGAGAAUCGGCGAAGUGGAAGGGUUGUCAUUCGAUAGGGAUAUCAUAUCCUUUCUCAUAUCUAUGUACAACAAGGCACUAGAAGAGCACCUCCAAAUUUCAAAAGAAUUUAGAUCACACGCCAAAGAUGUGGCAGUGCAGACUGAUGAUGAACCGGUUCAAAGACAAACCCAAGAUCAAGUGGAGCUAGUUCAAGAGAUUGAUGGCGGGAAGUGUUUACCAGGUGGUGCCGAUGGAGAAUUAGAACAAACUCACCGGUUGUCGAAUGAUGAAAAUCAAGGAAUCUCAUACGUCAAAGAAGAACGCAAAAAUGAGUGUGUCACUCCAGGAGCAGAUGGAUCAAAGUAUUACAUGAGUCAGCUGUUAACUCUUGAAGGUCAAACUUUCACCAUCAAACAUGAAGUAGAUGAAGAUCUCACUGGUAAAGAACAGAAACAGGAUCAGUGUACUAAACAAGACAAUGACAGUGAUCUUGAUAGUUUCAAUCUCCUCACCAGUAAGGCAAUCAAAAAUCUUAUUCCAAAAGUUAGGACAAGUAUGAGGUUCCAAGAGGAAUAUAAGAGAUAUAUUGAUGGACUUGUUCCCAGAAAAGGAGAAGAAGUUGAAGACCAGGACGUUGAAGGCGAGGAAGUUGAAGGCGAAGCUGUGGAAUCAGUGAGGCUUAAACAGCUCCAAGCUGAUGAAGAGCGGCUGCCAACCAAGAGGAUGGGAGAGAAACUGUUGGAGCUUGAGACAGGGAAGAGAAAGCGCAUCUUUGAUAUAGACGGCUGCUUGAGUAAAGCAUUCCAAGGAGCUGAAGCAAUCCGAGAGAUGGAAAGAUGCAAGAUGGCUACGCCAAGGGUGAGGCGUGUUCUUGUACCAGCUCUUGUCACCCAUCUCAUGGACAGGUGCGGGCCCAACCCAUCAGUAUGUGCUAAAGAGGCCUUGGCGAGGGAGUUGACAGAGAGGUGGCCUUUUCUAAAGGACCCCAAUGGAAUAACAGGACAUGAGUUAUGGUACAUCAAGGGCUCAAAACAUGGACCAGCAACUGGGUACUUGGAGUCUCGUCUAAGGUAUGUGCGGGUAAAGUUGCAUGCAAAUUUUUCUCCGUCUGAGAAGGGCUCAAAAUUGAAUGCACUCGCCUCUACAUCGAUGAAACAGACGCCAAAGGAAAAGAUCCAGAGUCGUAAAGAUAUGCUGAACACUAUCACUGAAGAAGAGCACGAAGAAGACACCCUCUGGAUGAAACAUAAUUCAUCACCGGAAAACGUCAUUGCUCAAAAAAUGCGACGAACUGCGGUACGGAGAUACGAGUGGAUCAGAGGAAACCCGAGACCAAGUACAGCAGAUAUUCUUCAAAAAUACCCACGGCUUCUGGAUGCAGGAAUGAUUGAUCAAGACUUUGAAUUGACAAUAGAGGAUGCAGCUCCUGGUGCCCUGUUCAAGAUGUGGCCAAAGUUGUGUGGGCAAAUCUUAGAAUUUGCGGAGAAGGUGCAUCCUGGAUAUAGAAAGGUCCUAGGGGUCGGAGUGAACCAGAAAUUGACGCAGAGUCAACAAGAGAAUCUGGCAUUUAGUACCCUCCCAGUGAUUCUGAUUGGCAGAACGCAAGGGAAGAGGGGAAAAUGUUCUGUCCUGCAAAGUCUGGAGUCCUUCAUCAAUCUUCAACCAGAAGGAACAGGCAUGGAAUGCUUCUCUACAACAGGAGUGAUCGGUAGGCCACAGCCAUUUGUCGUCGUCAUUGGAUCACGGAUAAAUCCAGUGCAAACAUUUGUGAUGGUUGAGCGGAAAUCAAUGAGUUUCAAUACCCUCACGAAAGCAGUGGACUUCUGCUUUAAGGCAAUGUCUGUCCUUGACGUAACUUACCAACCGCAGUGCCAUGCUGUGUGGGAUUAUCUGCAGCAAGGGGUGUACAGCAUCAAAUCAGGUCCUCCUAUGGGUGCCUCAGCUCGAGAGCUUCUGUCAUUUCUUUCAAGGAAGGAGCAUGAAGAAAAAGCAGAUGAAUAGGAAUUGACGGCAUGUUCCAUGGGAGAGUGACUUCACAGUGGCACCCUUGCUGUUUAUAUGAUGAUUAAUUUAAUUUAUGUAUGUUUAAUUACCAAAGGUCAAUUAACUGCCAAAUUUGGAAAUUUUGUUCUCAUUUGCAAGUAAGGGAAAUAGGAGUUAGUUGGUGCAUGUUUUUUGCAUAUUAUUAGGAGUGGGCUAUACGUGGGUCAAAAAUACUUUUUUGGUCAUUUUUAUGUGACAACAGUUU